AUGCUACUGAACCAGACAGAGGUGGAAAUGGUGAAGAAAGCAUGUGAAAGGCUGAAGAGAACUAAAUCUUAUGUAUUAGUGGAAAGUUUUGAAGGAUUAGUGAACGACAACGUGCCGGAGCUGUGGGUGACGCCGCUGUCGGUGCUGGUGGCAGAGGAUGCGGCGCCAGGCACAGUGGUGGCGCUGGUCCGCACGCGGGACCGGGACUCAGGCGCCAACGGGGCCGUGAUGCUGUGGCUGCGGCCCGAGGUGCCGUUCCGGCUGGUGUCGAGCUUCCGCAAGUCCUACUCACUGGUGCUGGCCAAGGCGCUGGACCGGGAGCGCGUGGCGGCCUACGAGGUGGAGGUGUGGGUCUGUGACGCGGGGGCGCCAGCGCUGGGGGCCAGCAGCCGCCUGGCCGUGCCGGUGGCGGACAUGAAUAACAACGCGCCUGCCUUCGCGCAGGCCGUGUACACGGCGUUCGUGCGGGAGAACAAUGCACCGGGCGUGGCGAUGCUGACGGUGCGGGUGCGGGACACAGGUGAGAACGGCGCCGUGAGCUACUCGGUGGCGGGGGGCGGCGCGCAGGGCUGGCUGGCGUCCAGCCUGGUGGCGGUGGAGGUGGCGAGCGGGUGCGCGCGGGUGCUGCAGCCGCUGGACUAUGAGGAGGUGCAGGUGGUGGAGUUCGAGGUGCGGGCGCAGGACGCGGGCUUGCCGCCCCUGUGGGGCCGGGCCAUGGUGCAGCUCUUCGUGCUGGACACCAACGACAACGCGCCGGCUGUGGGCGCGGCGCCCGUGCUGGUGCCGCAGUCGGCGGGCACGGGGCAGGUGGUGGCCAAGGUGCGUGCCAUGGACGCGGACUCGGGCUACAACGCGUGGCUGCGCUACAAGCUGCAGGAGCCGCGUGGCACUAGGCCCUUCCGCGUGGGGCUGUACAGCGGCGAGGUGCGCACAGCGCAGCCCCUGGACGAGGCGGACGGGCCGCAGCACAGCCUGCUGGUGCUGGUGCGGGACCACGGCGAGCCGGCGCUGUGUGCCAUGGCCACGCUCAGCGUGUCGCUGGUGGACAGCAAGCAGGCGGCGGCAGCCGGGGCCGAGGCACCGCUGUCGGAGCUGAACGCCUACUUGAUCCUGGCCAUCUGCGCCGUGUGAGGCCUCCUGGUGCUGGCGCUGGGGCUGGCGGCGGUGCUGUGGUGGCGGCCGCGGGCGGCGGUGCUGUGCGGGCCGGGCCAGGCGGCGCUGGUGUGCGCCAGCGAGGUGGGCAGCUGGUCGUACUCGCAGCGCCACAGCCGCCAGCUGGGAGUCGGCGAGGCGGCGGGCAAGGCCGACCUCAUGGUGUUCAGUCAGUGCUUCAAAACUGGAGCCAGUACUCCAGGUGAGGCUUCACACCAGUGCUGGCUAGAAUGA